AUUGGAAUACACUUCUCAACGAGCAUGCAUAUAAGUGGUUCAGGAAAUCGAAACUGCGAUACGCGGAUCUUUAGUCACGAAUGUAUUUAUGUCAAGAAAAUGGAUUCAAACACGACAGAAAACACAACAGACGGCAAUGAGAUAUCUUCAGUGGAUAACGCUUCUGCUGUAAUUGAACUAGUCCUUGUGCCUGUCAUUGCUGUGUUCGGCCUAGUCGGCAACGCGUUUUCAUGUGCAAUAUUUUCAACGAAACCGCUGAUAAAAAGUUAUUCGAGUUUGUUAUUGUCAAUGAGGAGCGUUUCGGACAGUGGGUUUCUCAUAACGCUUUUGGUUAUCUGGAUGACGGCCACUAGAUGGUCAAGGACGUGCGGGCAUCCAGUAAAACAGGUUACAACAAUGCUUUUUGCAAUAACUUUAAUUUUCCUUAUUUUAAAUCUACCUUCACAUAUCGUGCGUCUUCGUGUGUCCACCCGCUUGAUUCCAAUAAACACAAGUUCAUGA